CCCGAAAGUCGCUCAUACCAGUGGGGAGAUUAAGAUGAAAGAAAACAGGCCAGGCGUGGCGAGCUCUCGAAAAGCCUCUGGUCAGCCAGACCGUCUUAAGUGUCCUUCCCAUGAGCGCAAGAAAUGGACGAUUGACAAGAUCUAUUUCGAUUGGCAUCGCUGGGUUCCUCUGCGUGACCAUCCGAACUUGAGAUGGGCAUUGGCAAUUGUUUCCGCAGUCAUCAUCGUUGCUAUCAUGAUCGUGGGCAUCGUUUUCACGGCGGAAUACUACUCCUGGUACUAUGCCUCAGGGGCUUGGGUCUGGGCUCACGCAAAGACGAAUAUCACUCAGACCGUUGUUUCCUCGACAAAUAUCGUGGACAAAAUCGAAACGCUGCCUGCUAGAGCCAGUGCACAGACGACGGAGAGACUGGCCGGAAAAGAUGAUAAAUACGACAACAAGGCGAGAUAUAUAGCCGGAAUUCGGCAGACGACCCUUUGCGACCCUCGAUGGAGUUGUGCUCGAUUUGAUCAGCCAGAACGUGUCCCCCCCCCCCUCUCUCUCGCUCUCUCUCUCUUUGUCUUUCUCUGUCUCUCUCUCAUUCCUGCACCAACUUGCUUUGAUGACGACUAACAAGAAUGCAUAUUGAAGGCAAUAUGCUGCGAGACUGGGAUGUACUGCCAGCAAACAGACCUUGAUCUAAGCAAUUCUGGCACAUAUUGCUGCAAAAACGCGAGCUGUCCCGAAGAGG